AUGGGACCUAGCAGGGGGCUGCACGGCAUGCAGCAGCCGGUGCUGCACAGCAUGAAGCAGCCGCUGCAACACCAGCAAGUUUGUUGGAGAGACGGUGCUGCUGCUGCUGCAGCUGCUGCUGCUGCUGUGCCCCUUCUGGCUGCAGGAGUAGCAGCUGCAGCACUACGUGCUGCAGCAUCACCUGUGCUGCGGCCUCGCUGGCAGCAGCAGCACCACCUGCUGCAGCAGUUAUAG